AUGCAGCAGGAGCUGCGGCACGGCAGCACGCUUAGGCGCAAGGUGUGCGCAUUACGAAUGCUCUCGCCCUUUGGAGCCUACAUGACCGAGAAGGAACUUGAGCGCCUCGCCAAGGCCUGCGCGUUCUGCAACAUCCGACUCGGCGCAGAGCUCACCGACUCACCCUUCUAUGUGCUCAUCUGCGGCAGGGUGGCGGUGAAGCGCGCGUCGGACGAGGACGUGAUAUGCACCAAACAGCAAGGGGCCUUCUUCACACGCAGAGUCGGAAUGGGGCAGGUUGGUCAGCGGUCCGAGCUGUCCAUCAGCACUCGGCUAGUCGGAGCUGCCGACCGAAGCAAGGUGCUGCUUGUCACGUCGUCGCACAUGCUCGGACAGUUCUACUCUGAGGUGAGCACGCUGGGGCGGGAGGCAUUUGUUGACGUAUGUGCCUCCAACAUUGGCACGCAGCUCAACGAGGUGCCCUUCAUCAAGGAGGCGCGACUGAUGCCGCGAGACCUCGUCCAACUCGGCGAGCUUUGCUCCUACCUCGCGGUCCCUGCCGGCGCGCGCAUCUUCGAGGAGGGCGACGAGGCGACCAGCUUCUACAUCAUCCUCAAGGGCAAGGUCGCCAGCCUCGUCAACGAGAACACGCUUUCCGUCGAGAACGACGCCGAUGCCGACAGCGAGGUGUACGCGGGCGUGCGAUGUGGCGGCGAGACCUUUGGGGUUGCAGCGAUGGUGUACAACGCGCGGACGCGCAAGUACGGGAUGGAGGCCAAGGAGACGACGCUGCUGCUCGUCAUCUCGCGCGAGAACUUUCGUGCAUUCCUCGCCACAAGCCCUCGGCUGCACGAGUCGCUGAUGACGCACUCAGCGUACAAGCACUCCAUCUUUCGCCGCACCACGCCGGAGAUGAAGGAGACGAUUGCCCGCAAAUCGAAGCUGGUCAACUACGCCGAGGGCCAGCCCGUCUAUCACCGCGGGGCGCAGCCGGUGGCCUUUUACAUCGUCGCCCACGGGGAGGUUGGAAUGAGCUUCGACGGCGAGGGCGGCGACCAUCUUACGCAGACCACGCUCGGGCCGGGAAAGCACUUUGGCGAGUUUGGGCUGCUACUGCAGGACAAGCCUUGCAUCGCGACGGUACACUGCACGCAGGACACGACGCUCCUCGUGCUCGAGGUGCCUGUGUUUGUGGAGAUCUUCUCAGCGGCCGCCUUUGAGCUCCGUGUGGAGCUUCUCAUAAAGCUCGAGGGGAAGAAGUGUGGCCUGCGGACCGCGCUCCACCACGCCGACAGCCACGCGGCAUUCGUCCGCUUCGCGGUGGCGCUGCUCGGCAAUGAGAGCGUGCCAGUCGGAGUGUACAACGCAGUCCAGCGAUUUUUGCAGCGGGAGAGCGUGGCGAGCAGUGCGAUGCCCGGGCUCAGACCAAUCACGCGUCAGAUGGUCAACCGGCACCUCCACGGGGAACUGAAUGCGAUCGUCAAGGAGGCAGGGGUGUUUCUCAUAGCGCGGGGCAGCGUGCCGGCCGACGCGCCCGACUUGCAGACCGAGUACCAGCUGAACGCGCUGCAAGAGUCCUUAGAGGAGCUCCACAGCGGGGUUCAGUUUGUGCAGUCGACGAGCCAGGUGCUGGCCGAAGCACUGCCACUGCUGCACAAGAUUGGAGCCUACGACGACCUGGCUCGGCGGCACGUCUCGCCAGCCGACACACAGGACAUUGUCGACAGCAUCGCGCGGAGGGACCUUGAGGAGCGGCUCCUGCUCGUCGAUGGAAGCAGAGCGGGAGAAAAAUAG